ACAAAAAUUAGAUCCCUGCCAAGAUGGAGAAAACCGUAGCCCGGAUAGGGGUUUUAACAUUUCUAUGUUGUACAGCAGUUAUAGCAAUUCCAAAUCGUCCACCAGGUAUUUAUAUAGAACCAGACAAAGAUAUCUACUUCAAGCCUGGGGAGACAGUGAUGAUGCCUUGUGUUGGGGAUGGUUAUCCCAAGGUCAUAUAUACAUGGAAGAAGAAUGGAAAAGACUUCAAUCCUAGUGGUAAUGACAAUCGUAUGGUCCAGCUGGCCAACUCAGGAACAAUUGUAAUAAACAGUCCAGAAGAUAAGGACGAGGGUAUUUUCCAAUGUUUUGCUGAAAACGAAUUUGGGAAAUCUAUGACGAACCAUGUGAAUCUCCGUGAAGGUAAACUGGACGAGUUUCCAACUGGAGACAAUGAGUAUCAUCGUCCACAGCUGGGUACACCUUUGACCCUAGAGUGUAUCCCACCAACAAGUUAUCCAAAGGCUCAGGUAGAAUGGGUGUUAAAGGGCAGCUCCGGGCGAAAUGAGGCCAUCAACUACAACAACCGAGUUACCAUGGAUCUUGAAGCGCGUCUUCACAUCACAAAUGUAAAAGCAAAGGAUUACCAGGAGGGAAAAGCCUAUGUUUGUAUGGCUAUCAACUACUUCAUGAGACACAACGAAUUUGACCACGGGCAUUACAUCAUACCAACUGGAACCGCAGAGUUGAAGAUUGGUCCUACCUACCAGUGGGCUACACCUAGUGACCAUUUUGGUCUGGUGGGCGAAAAAUUUAAGAUGAAAUGUAUCUUUGCUGGAAAUCCAACUCCAGAGGUUUUCUGGCAGAAGACCAACGGUCAACUCCCACCAGAUGUUGGAAUAUCUCAGGGCGGACAGGAAAUCACCAUACAAUCUUUAAGCAAUUCUGAUGAAGGAAAAUAUGAAUGUUACGGGACAAACACCCAGGGCCAGAAAGCCAACAGAAUCAUUGACCUCUCUAUACAGUCUAAACCUUACUGGGUUCAGAAGCCAGAAGACAUUGAGACGAGUGAAGGAGCCUCAGCUACGUUCCUUUGUAAGGCUGAUGGGGUCCCCACACCUAAGACAGAAUGGUUUGUCAACGGUGUCCCUAUAGAUGAAUCAACUGACGAUACUGUAUUGUCUAACCGAUUCAUGAAGCCAAAUGACAUGAACGUGACUAUUGAUGACCUCAAACUGACCGAUGUUUUUGUCAUUCAGUGUAACUGUUCCAAUAGCCACGGUUACGUGUUUGCAGAUGUGUACCUCAAUGUACUCAGAGAAGCACCACAAUUUGUAAAACGCCCCGCCGAGAAUGCUAAAGUAGCAGAGAGCAAUUCUGUAGACCUGACCUGUCAGACGAGUGGCAAGCCGGACCCCAUUAUCACCUGGUACAAAGAGGGCCAACAGAUCACUGGGGGUCGAUACCAGAUCAGACCAAACGGGGACCUCCAUAUUGAAAGUGUGGUGCUGUCUGACGCGGGUUUGUACCGAUGCACAGCUAACAAUACCUAUGGUUUUGUGGAGGCCUCUGGAGCACUGACUGUACGCAGGAAAGCCCGUAUUGAGUCUAAGCCAGGUGAUCUUGAAGUGAAUGCUGGAUCCGACGCAAAAUUCACCUGCACCGGAACUACUGAUUUUAAUGAAGUACUGAACCUGGGUGUCACCUGGCAGAAAGAUGGAAAGAAUAUCACUACAAAUGAUCAACGUAUGACUCAGAAUUUCCAAGACAACUCGUUAACUAUCAGUGGUACAAUCAGCAGGGAUUCCGGCUUCUACACUUGUGUUGUCCAAGAUAGCCUAUCGGUGGCAACAGCUUCAGCCAUUUUGACAGUUAAAGACAAACCUGAUCCUCCAGUUGAUGUAACAUUAGUGAAGUGCCUCCAGGACAAAGCAGAGGUCACCUGGACAAAAGGAGCCUCUAACAAUGCACCAGUCCAGUACUUCGUGGUGGAGUACAACACGACCUUCACACCCGAUAAGUGGACCUACGCUCAGAAGGUAGGAUCCACUCAAACUAAAGCCACCUUAAGCAUUGCUCCAAAUGUUGUUUACACAUUCCGUGUUUUAUCAUUUAACAAGAGAGGUCAGAGCGAACCAAGUGCUCAUACUGGGGACAGAUGUACUACUAAUCCUACGAGACCCAGUAAAAACCCUGGCAAUGUUCGUACUAUUGGAGACUUGAGGAAUUUCCUGGUGGUUGAAUGGACGCCCAUGCCUCCGAUUCAGCAAGCUGGUGAUAAAUUUGAAUACAUUCUGACCGUUAUAAAAGAUGGUAUCACUAUACAUACGUCCAACAUCAAUAAUUACACCAUUACCCGAAAGGACAUUGCAACAAACGACAUAUUUGUUCCGUACGACAUUACAGUGAAGGCGAAGAAUGAGAUCGGAGAAUCUAACGCUCCACUAGUCACUUACAAAGGCUAUUCCGCAGAGGACAUUCCCCAGAUUACUGUAAGUAACUUUGCUGUGGAGGAAGUGACAGACAAUGCCGCUGUGUUUACAUGGGACUGGGAUAUGAACUACAACAACGUCACCCCCAACACUCCAAUUAGAGGAUUCUUCCAGGGUUUCAAGAUUCAGUUUUGGAGACGAGGUGCAAAGUCAGAAACAUUCCGGGAGCGAGAGGUGCUGAAGUCUCAAAUUAAACUGAAAUAUGGGAACCGGAGAAAAAGGGCUGUGACGACCUUGACCUACACUGUAGAUGACCUUCAGCCCUACACUUACAUGGAGGCCCAGAUUGUUGUUAUGAAUACAUAUUAUGUAAGCCCACCGAGUGCCGUUAUCUCACUACAGACUCUUCCUGGAGUGCCUGGCCCAGUUCGAUUCUUCACUGUGUCGCAAAUAGGUAGCAACUUUGUCAUGUUGUCAUGGGAACAACCAGAUGAGACAGAUAGAAAUGGUCUUAUUAUUGGAUACGAUAUUGGUUACCAAACAAUUGGUGGCCUGGAUCUAGGAAAGAUGCAAGACCGUGUCCCCCAAAUCAACGACCCAUACACAAACAGAACGGUACUGAAUGGCCUGGUGGCUAAACAGAAGUACCGUGUACACAUCUGGGGACGAACAACGAUGGGACGUGGAGAGGAUUACUUCAUCGAGGUUACCACUGCUGCAGCAGGCUCCCAAGUUGUUCCCUCCUUCAAUGUCAAAAAUGUCAAUGAGACAUUCUUUAAUGUUACUUGGAACAAUGUUAUUACAUCAAAAGCAGGGACCGUGGUGUAUGUCGAGUUCCGGAAAGAUGGCGCCUCCGAUUGGCAACAGACAACAGAUGAAGUUUCCAACAACUGGAAGGGUGUGGCCAACCUUGAAGGAGGUACUAAGUACGAGGUCCGCUUGGCCGUCACCAAUGGAAAGUCCCGAUCUACCAGCGGAACCCAAUAUGUGUCCACUACUGGAAUAGCUGCUGCUUAUAAUUUAGGAGCCAACUUUGGGUGGUUUAUAGGAAUGAUGCUUGCCCUUCUCAUUAUCAUUGCGAUUGCCGCCCUCAUUGUCUUCUGUAGAAGGCAGGCCCAAGAGAGAAUGGAAGAGAAAUACAGAGCUAAACCAGAUAAAUCACGAAUGUACCCGAGGGAAGGUGAACCACGAGGACAUUCCAAUGAUUACUAUAAAGAAAGGCGUAGAUUGGAGCCUAGUGACAGCUUUGAUGAUGUCCGCAAAGGAGAUGAUGGAGGUUUUGAUGACAGGAAGUACGAUGAUGAUUAUGAUGACCGUCGCUAUGAUGACGACAGAGAUCGUGACUAUGACGACCGAGAUCGUGACUAUGACGACCGAGAUCGUGAUUAUGAUGACCGAGAUUAUGAUGAUAGGGAUCGUGACUAUGACAACAAAGAUCGAGACUAUUAUCGCGAUGAUGAUUACGAUGAUGGAUAUGAUCGUGAUGGUCGCCGUUAUAGCUAUGAUCGUGAUGAUGGCUAUGACCGUGAUGGCAACCGCUACCAUGAUGACGGCCGUGAUUAUGACCAACAGGAUUACGACCGACGUGAUUAUGACCCUGAUGAUAAGUAUCCCAGUGAUAUCGAUGAUCGAUACCCUGAAGAUGACGACAAGGCAUACGAGCCCUACCAAAGAUCAGGCUAUGAGCGCAGUAACAGCAAGGACAAGAAACGCAUCAGCGAUAUGGAUGAUGAAUAUAGGCGGGAGCCUUCCAAGUUUGACGCUGAUGGCUACCCAGUAGAAAGUGGUGGAGCAGGGGCGUCCUCUACGAGUGUAUAAAUAUUUACAUCCUGCGGCGAACACUAUCUACAGAGCUGACAUUCGUAGUGAAUUCAGAUAAAUAAUCAGAUUGAUUAUGUUAACACUGUGCAGAAGUGGUUUACAAAAGCAAUGCCUUGCAGUAAGCAAUACAGCUGUAUGGCUAUUUCUCCAUCUUUGCAUCAUGUACAACAUUUUCAUCCAGUGAUUGCCGAAGUGAAAUUGCAAUAUGCUGUUAUCGCUAGUAAACUUGACAGAUAUAACUGUAUUUCUGUUCACUUACUUUCCUUCUGUUUUGUAAUAGAACAUAUACUUUUCCCUAUUGCUUUCAUUGUUUUUUUUAAUUUUG